UGCAUUGUGUUUAGAUAUAUCGAUAUUUGGUGGACUAGAUUACACAAGCGGCCAAUUCGUUCUUUAUUUAUUAAUUAAAAAUAAUAAUCCCCUUAUAAAAUGCCAUUUAUGAAAGGAAGAGAGCCUUUACGACGCACAUUAAAAUAUUUAAAUGCUGGCAAAUUAGUUCUAAAGGAAAGGGUGCGUAUAUUCAGCGUUAGUUACAAUACAUAUGGUAAUCACCAUGCGGGUGCCAGGGAUUUCGUGUUUUGGAACGUUCCACAGAUUCAAUUCAGAAAUCCAGAUGUGCAGGUCGUCACUCUUAAGAAUAUGACACCGUCGCCCUUUGUACGCUGUUUCUUUGAGGAUGGACGGGACAUGAUGAUCGAUAUUGAUUCUAAAAGUCAAGAGGAAAUCAUUGAACAUCUUGUCAACGUUGUUGGAAAAACUCGUGAGGAACUUGUCGCCGAGGCGCGUUUGGCAGAGAGCAAAGACAACCCGGCCAAUUUUGGAUACAGUUGCGAACGCCACUGCAUAUGUGAAAUCGCCGGUCAAGUGUACUGCCCUGGAACAGAGCCACUACCAAAGGAAAUGCGUGGAAAAUUUAAAUUUGCGCAAAAAUAAAAUAAUAAUUUCGUUAUAUCUUAA